AGCAAGUGUGAGAGCAAAUGGUGGAGAAUUGGCAGUUCGGCACACUGCCACAUUGUACCUCUGUGUCGUUUGACAGGCACGUGGGAAUUGUGAGGUUACGGUUCGGGUUUAUUGUUUGUGAGAUAGUGCACUUUGUUUUUUGUAUUUAUUAAUACAUUUUAUAGUGUGACAAUUAAAUUAACACCCAAACUGUUUUUGGUUGCUUGUCGUUGUUUCCGAAUGACAUUAUUAAAACUAUUUAGUGUAUAUGACAGCGCAAAAGAUAAGCGACAAGUAGUACUCCAAGUCAUCGAUAUAAUACCGUGUGUAAUUAUAUUAGAUAUGACAAAACGUUUGCCGUUUAAAUAAUUUUUAAACAAGCUUCGGUGCCAGUUUUAAUACAGGCACAUUUUAUAACUGUCGUAGCCGGUUGUAUUCUUACAGUAUUUUUUCUCCUAAAUAGAUAAUGUUGAUUACAGUAGGUGCAUAUACCACUUUGGUUGCAACAUUAAGAACUAGCGCCCGCAUUUUUUCACCCAGAAGUGCUUGUGGUAGAUAUUCUGUACUGCCAGAAGGUUUGUUAGGUGCUCUUCCUGGUCAUGGACAAAGUAUAGGGAGAAGUCUCCAGGGUGCUUCAAACAUAAUACCAGAUGGCAGAACGACCUCAAAUGGACCUGUGGUGGUUGGUGGUGCUGUUUUGGAUUGUGUGAUACAUAUUGAGGAUGAGCAAUUGAAGCUGGACGGGCGCACGGUGACGGCGACGGCGGGCGCGCGCGCGGCGGGCGGCGUGGCGCGCAACGUGGCGGCGGCGCUGGCGCUGCUGGGCGCGGCCCCGCGCCUGCUCACGGCGCUGGGCGACGACGCCGCGGGCCGCUUCGUGCUCGCCUCCCUGCCCCCCUCCGUGAAAGGAAGAAAUCUGUCGUCUUGCUAA